ACGCCACCAGCGGCAAGCGCUUUGUCUCGGGAUGGAUCAUAGCGAGUUGCUGGAGAAGCUCCAGCAGAGCGAACGGAUCCAGGAGGUCCAUGAAUUGUUUGAGCCUAAGGGUGUUGCGUGGGAGGGCAUGCCAGCUUGAUGAAGUCUGAAAGGCUGGGCACCGGAAGCUUUUCCUAUGUGUUCUGUUGCCAUGUCGUUGGCAUCGAGGAUCAAGUGGCGGUGAAAGUGCUGAAACAGAAGGACAUGCUUCCUGGAAGGGGCCGGGAGGCGGAGUUUAUCCAAGGCUUACGACACCCGAAUUUGGUGAAUGUUCUCGGCAUCGUGGAGGAGGGUACUCUGCACUAUGUCAUCUUGGAGCUAUGUACUGGUGGCAGCUUACAGGAUGUGAUCCACGAACAGGAGGAGGAUUUGUGGGCAGAAAUGCCAGCAGUGGAACGUCUCCGAGCCGGGUAUGAUAUCGCUUCUGCUUUGGACUACAUUCACCAGCAGGAGAUUCUUCACCGCGACAUCAAGUCAGGGAAUGCGUUCCUGCAUACUCCCAUCGUGCCUGGCUGCGGGUGCCCAACCGUGAAGGUCGGGGACAUGGGCUUUGCACGUCCCGUGAGUGAAUUCUCUGGUAUGACCCAGGGGGUCGGCACCUUGCGCUAUAUGGCGCCGGAGGUGUUGAGUUCUGGUGAUUACGGGGUGUCCGCGGACAUCUUCUCCUUUGGGAUUCUCCUGCACGAGAUGCUGUCAGGAAGUAUUCCGUUCAGCAGCAAGAACGAAGCGGCCCUGUGUUUGGCCAUCAUGGGAGGACAACGGCCGCCCUUUGAAGAACUCUUGGAGAUCGGACACAUAGGAGAAGAGAGGCUUCAUCAAGCCUGGUCCAUCCUUCAGGCUUGUUGGGCUGAAGAUCCUGACACAAGGCCGACUGCAGGACAAGUGGCUGAAAUGAUCCAAGAACUGCACAGUUCCCUCUGCAGAUGAAUGUCAUGGCUUGAGGGAAAUUCAACAGGACACUCUGUAUUUUAUU